CCAAACCCAACAUCAAACGCAUGCUGCUACCCGCGCAUCGACAGAAAAUUUCUCGGAUCAGCAAUUCGGAACACUCUCCACGAUCGCCUCCAAAAGCAAUAGCCGUUUCACUACCAAAUUCUGCUAAACGCCAUGGGAAACGACGGCGGCUCCAUCCCGAAGCGGCGCGAGCUGGUCAAGGAAUCGGCCCGCCUGCCCACCACCUCGGAGCUCAAGGCGACGGCCUUCGAGUCGCUCGGCCACGCCUGGGCGCACUGCGCCAUCAGCGACGAGAAGCUCGACAUGGACAACGUCGUGAGCGACUGGCGCGGCCAUCUCUACAGCUACGAAUCGGUCCUCCAGGGCCUGGUGCCGUCCGACGACUGCUCCGCGGUCGCGGCGGAGCGGGACGACAAGUUCGCCGCGACGGGCAUCGCGUCGCUGCGCGACGUCGCCCGGCUCAAGUUCCAAAAGUUCUCGCCCGACCCCAAGGCGGCCGCCAUCUGGCGGUGCCCCCUCUCGCUCAAGGAGUUCGGCCCCGCCACCAAGGCGGUUUACCUGGUCCCUUGCGGACACGUUUUUGCGGAUGUGGCCAUGAAGGAGGUCUCAGACUCAGCGUGUCCCGAGUGCAGCGAGUCCUUCGAGCCCGAGAACAUCAUCCCCAUACUGCCCAGGGAGACCGACGAGCUGGAGAGGCUAAGACAGCGCAUAGCCGACCUAAAAGAGAAAGGUCUUUCUCAUAAUCUCAAGAAGGACAAAAGCAACGGGAAAAAGAAGCGCAAGGCCGAUGACGACAAGGACGACAAAAAGAAAAAGGCCAAAGACAAUGCCAAAAAGGAGGCAUCCAAGUCCGGGAACAUCAACAACCCAAUGACGGCCUCCUUGACAGCAAGGGUCCUGGCAGAGCAGGAGGAGAGGAGUAAAAGGAGAAGGCUUGCCGCCGCCGCAAGAUGAUCCGCAAGCCCUUGCAAUCGCUGCUCUGCUCUGUUUGUUGAUGAUAGAUGUUAUGAUACCCCUGAGACACGUAAUCAACCGCAUUUUACUGCCACGCUAAAACAAAAUUGUCUAAUGAGGAAUGUACUGGACUGGAGCAGGUGAAG